AUGGAAAAUAUAAUAGAAAAGAAUAAAGUUUACAAUAUACCAAAUAAUAAAGUUAUUGAAAAGUUAAUUAGAAAUUUUCUUAAUAACAAGAAAGUCAAUACACUUUCAGUUGUACACAAUGAUGAUUUUAUACAGUCCUAUGUUUAUAGAAAUAUAGAGACUUGCACAGAUAGAAAUCUGAAAAUAGUUUCAGUCAAUGAAAUUUCUGAUCUUGAAAACACAAUAAGAGAUUCACUAAUGCUCUCUAUAGUAAAGAAAAAGUAUUUCUAUGAAGGAGAGGUUACUGAAAUGAAAGAGGUUAAUGAAUUUAUCGUUAUUACUCUUAUGACUAAAAAAGAAUCUAAAGUUGUUCAAUUGCCCAAGUAUCUCAAGAACUUAUUAGAUGGCAUUAGAGUGGGUGAUAUUAUUUAUAUUGAACCAUCAAUAGGAAUUGUCAAGAGGAUAGGUAGAAGUGAAAAGUAUAUUAAUGAGUAUGAUUUAGAAGCUAAGAGAUAUAUUUCUAAUAAAAAGGGACAGGUUUUUAACAGUAAAGAUACAGAUUAUACUUUAUCACUUUAUGAUUUAGAUUUUUAUUUUAAUAGAAACGAUUUUAAUAUUACGUCAUACACAAGAGAAUUUACAAACGAGUUUGUAGAAAAUAAUAAUUUUAUAAUAGGAUACACUUUAAUAAUUAUAAAAGAUGCACAUUUAUUAGAUGAGUGUGGUUUAAAUAUAAUUAAAGAAUAUUCAGAGACUUAUGAAAGCUUUAAGUUCAUUCUUAUUGGGUAUAUGAGUGAAUUAUUAUUUAGAAAUGGAAUGUGUGUAAAACUCAAUGAAGAGAUGUCAAAUAUUGAUAAACUAAAAAUACUUUCUAAUAAAGCAAAUGAUGAUGAUUUUGUAAAUCCAAUUAAAGAAAUUCUUAAUGAUAACAAUUUAAAAACAAUUUCUACUAUGAUGAAUAUUUCUGAUUCAGCUAGUGAAUUUAUUGAGAAUUUAAAGUUAAUAAAAUGA